AAACAAUCAGUAAACAAUAAAUGUCACAAACAAUUUUUGUUUUAACAAAAUCGAAGAUUUUCCACUUUCACUACAACAGUUUUCAAUCAAAGGGGAUUUAGCUGCAGGGAGGCUGCUGAGUCUGACCCCGCCCAGCGAAGAACACGUCAUCAGUCCUCUACUACGUCCGCAGAGAACAUAUAAAGGCUGAGUGUCUGCCGGAUAGUCACAUUAUCUUGUUCAAUCUCAACCAAAAGAAAAUGAGCGGAAGAGGCAAAGGAGGAAAGGGACUCGGGAAAGGAGGCGCCAAGCGGCACCGUAAAGUUCUCCGUGAUAACAUCCAGGGAAUCACCAAACCCGCCAUCCGCCGUCUGGCUCGCCGCGGCGGAGUCAAGCGUAUCUCCGGCCUCAUCUACGAGGAGACCCGCGGUGUGCUCAAGGUCUUCCUGGAGAACGUCAUCCGUGACGCCGUCACCUACACCGAGCACGCCAAGAGGAAGACGGUCACCGCCAUGGACGUGGUCUACGCCCUCAAGAGGCAGGGCCGCACCCUGUACGGCUUCGGAGGCUAAACUCACCCUCACCCGCUCACCCCCACACUCCAAGGCUCUUUUAAGAGCCACCCACUAAACCUCAAGACAUUAAUCCUCUUUUAUUUAAUGUACAAAUGUUUGAACAUGCUAACAGUGCGUCAACAUACAUGUCAACACAGUAAAAACAAGCUUGAUUACUGCUGAUUUCAUAUGGUUAUUAUCAAACGUGUAUCAAAAUAAACAUUAUUGCUUUUUAUUAGUGUGUUAACAGAAGGCUGCACACAGACAAGCUGCUUGUCAGCUAAAGGCAGAUCAUAGCAGCUGUUUAGCCCCUUUCUAUACUGAUUUUUCAAUAGAAUUCAUUCAUUACUAUUUGUACUGAAGCGUCAGAGUCCAUUGUAUAUAUUAAGUUUAUUUGAGUAAUAUAUAUAUUUUCCCCUUGCCGCUGCCCUGUUAAGUUUCCAUUUUUUCCUAUUCUAUUUGCUUCAGUUUAUUAUUUUCCAUUCAUUAUUAAUACGGUUCUGUAUAUUGUGGUUCAUGCGGGACAUGCGCACGUUGUGUGUCCUAGUGGUGAUGCCGUAGUCUGUCGGCGCACUGCAUCUUGAUUGGUGCGCGAUCUCGUGUAGGUGAGAGACUGUUUCGGUCGAGGUAGCUACACUUAGCUCCAAGUUCUCCUAGUUUCUUGAGUUUUGGUAACUGAACGGACCUUUAUGCCUGUGUGAGAUUAUCCUGGAGGGAUUCCGCCGUUUGAGGAAUAUCGGCGCCGUGAAGAGGGAUUUUAGAGACUGUCUCCCGCCUUGUGUGCGAACUGCGUCGGCUGAGAGUCGCUAACCAGUUCGGCUAGUUUCGAUGCAUCAACCACGUACCCAACUACGUGGAAACCUACUCUGCAGCUGAUAACCCCCCUCGUCCUCCUCUCUUCAGGGUUCACCUACCUCCUCUCCCCGGCAUCGUCACCCUCCCUUACCCCCCUUUCCUUCUCUAUCGUCAGGGACCUUAUCUCCACAUGAGCUCCAACCCCGGGCAACUUGGUACCAUUAGUGUGAGAAUUAGUUUAAGGAUUUAACAAACUUAAUUUAGUAUUUCCUCUGUUUAUUCUGAGUGUGUUUAUGUCUGUCUAUUUAGGGUUGUAAUAAAUAUACACUGUUUACUUUCUUUA